GUCACCAGGCAUCAGGUCAUUUGGCUCGCCAGCGGGCACCGCGUCAUCUGGCAAGGCAGUGGGCACCGAGUCACCAGCCACGACAGUGGGCUCCGAGUCAACUGGCAUUGGAUCGUCUGGCUCGACAGCGGGCAUCGGGUCACCAGGCAUGACAGCGGGUACUGGGUCAUCAGGUACCGGAUCGUCUGGAUAGACAGCGGGCAUCGAGUCAACUGGCCUAAUGGAAUCAUCAGGCUGGAUCAGUUCAUCAGGCUGGGUAGAAACAUCAUGCUGGGUGGAGGCAUCAGGCUGAAUGGAGGCAUCAGGCUGAAUGGAAGCAUCAGGCUGAAUGGAGGCAUCAGGCUGGGUAGAGGCAUCAGGCUGGGUAGAGGCAUCAGGCUGAAUGGAGGCAUCAGGCUGGGUAGAGGCAUCAGGCUGAAUUGUGAGCACCAAGGCACCAGGCUGCACCACGGAAGGCAGGUUCUC